AUGGCCAGAGCUGCUUCUGCUCCCAGAACCAGAACUUCCAGAAGUUCAACUGCUAAGCCUAAGGCUAAGAAAGCUGCUACGGUUACUUCCCACCCUAGGUAUGAGGACAUGAUCCGAGAUGCUAUUAUCGCUUUGAAAGAAAGGAAAGGAAGCAGUCGUCAGAGGAUUAAAAAAUACAUCUUGACCACUUUCAAACUUCCCGAUAAUUCCACAACGAGUAGUCGUCUUCGAUUGGCUAUAAAUAAAGGUGUAGAGAAAGGAACUUUUCAAUUUCUUAAUGGACCUAGUGGAACCAUUAAACUUGUUAAAAAAGAUGCUGUAAAGAAGGAUAAGAAAGAACCUGAAAAGAAAGAAGUAAAACCAAAAAAGGCCGCUGAAAAGAAGGAAGUAAAACCAAAGGUUGAAAAGAAAACAACUACCAAGAAAGCUCCUGCUAGAAAAGCUGCUGCUUCUACUACUAGAAAAUCUACAGCGGCAGCAACAGCGAAAUCCAAAAAAUCAAGUGGUGGAGUUACGAAAAAAUCCAAACCUGCUGCUACCACAAAGAAACCCGCAGUUGGUGUAAAGAGAUCAACAAGAAAGAGGGGUGGUACUACAUCUACUUAG